UUAUUGCAUCUUAUCGGGAAAGAGAGAUAAUUUAUCACUGUUGUUAACAUGGUUUAUAUUUACAUAAACAUUUGCUUCGCACGAGAGUCCCACCCUUGCCAACUUUAGAUUUAAAUAAUGGCAAUGUAUGAAUCUGAUUUGUAGUGACUGAUUGAUGUUUAAGUGAACUUUAUAUCAUAACAAAAUAAUAAAUAAUUUAAAUGAAGUCUACUGUGAAAUAUAUAUCUAACAGAAUAAUGAACUACAGUAUUAUUAUAUAGUGUUGUCACAAUAUCGUAAUUUCACCACACAAUUAUGGUGGCCAAAUUUUUUUAUUUGUGAUAUCUAUUAAAAUGUCAAAAUAAUGAGUCAAAUUCAUCUUUAAUUUAGUUUAUGUUGUGUUUUUCUCUUUCCAUCCAAGUGUAAGGUAACAUUAGGGAGUAUAAAAUCUAGAGCAAACAUCCCACAUAUUUUUAAAUUGUUUUUCUUAAAUAGUUUUGAGAUGAUCCACUCUAGCCCAAUCUUCUAGAUUUUACCAUUGUAUUACAAUCCUUAACCAUUAAAGUCACUGACAUUUGUACAGUAUUGCCUUCAUUCAUAGUUGUCUAACCUAUUUACAGUCAGCAAGCAGGCAGGGUAAGCACUCAUAUACUAUCUAGCUGGCUUACAAAAACUAAAGAUUUUACUUCAUUAUUAAUACAUUAUCUAAAAUUGACACUCGUUUUUAGAUAACAAAACAUUGUCUUUGAUGACUUUUGCAGCAAAUUAUCUUUAUGUACUGGAAUCGUGCCACUUUUCUUACUGUCUUAAUGAUGCUGGGAAAGACGAUGACCGCUGUCAUAAAUAGCUUUCCUGGCUUCUUCCUCAGAGAGUUUUACAACAGUAAUAAAAUCGGGUAUAAAGUUCAGACUAGGUUGGCAGUGAGGUAAAACAAAGUGUGAGAGCUCUUCGAUGCUCAGUUCUAACAAAUGCCUCAAGCGUUUGCCUCACAUCCAGAUCUUUCAUCCUGGGUAAGUCUCAUUUGCCCUGUAUUUUACAGUAUGCACAGCAUUCAGCAUCACAUUGUAAAUGCAUUUGAAAACAUUUGAUGACUAGUAUUAAAUGCAUUGUUGAUGUAAAUAAUAAUCACAAUUAUUUUUAUUUUUGUUCACAUGCAUGGAUGUUAUUGUGGUUGGAAAAUAUGUUUUAUGUACAAAUCUUCCUCCUACAGGAGAACAGGAAAAGCCACACAAGAUGAAGAGCAUCCUGAAGGAUAAAACUCUAAAAGAGACCCACUUUGAGAUGCAGAGUCACUCCAUUGGUGCAGUGCGCUGGACGCUACCUGAAGCAGACGUUCAGGUCCACAGCUCUGCUCCCAGCAGCCCCUUCAAAAACUUCAGCGUCACCACAGCCCGUUCACAGCAAAGGCAACGUCAGCAGGGCUUAAAGGACCUCCGUAGUUUGCAAGAGUGCAUCAGAUUCAUCAGCCAUUGGAAGGAACAGGUGGCACAAGUCUGCAAGGAGGAGAAUGAUGCUGGUGAAGGGUGCAGCAGAUGGGCAGAUGAGCAGACAGACCCCAAAACGGAGCGCAGUCUUGAAGAGAGCCGCAAGCUGAUUCUGCAAUGGGCCAAUGAACUUCAGAGUGUAGACAAGCUAUCUAAAGAUCACCUAUGGAUGAAGGAGAGGUUUGAUCAAGAAGAAAAGGAGAAAACAAAGCUGGAUGUUGACCCAAAUGAGGCGGUGGAUAAGAGGAUCAUGGAGUGGGCCAAAGAGCUACAAAGUGUAUCCGAGAGCUGUGGAGUGCUGGGAGAUGAGCUGGCGCAGAUGCUUCGUCUUCUAGGACUGAGGAAGAAGAGACUGAUUUGCCUCAUGCCACUACUGGAGUUCAUCACAUGGAGCUUGUUGAAAGAAGACAGCACGAGUAUUGUUCCUCACCUGUGGCUUUCAGCUAAACAGCGCACCUGGAAAGCUGGCAUGCCACGAUACAUCCCAAAUUCAGUUUGGAGCUGGAUUGGCAGCGCAGCAGCUGAUGUAACUCUUGAUCCCAUGACAAACCACCCCUGGUUGCAACUGUCUGAUGAUCAAAAGAAGGUUCAGGAGGCUCUAAGCGAAGCCGAUGUGCCCUAUAGCCCUCAGCGCUUUGACAGUUGGCCCUGCGUCCUAGGCUGGGAAGGCUACAUGAGUGGCUGCCAUUACUGGGAACUGGAAACUGCAAACAACGGUUAUUGGAAAGUGGGGGUGACAACUGCUUCCUCGAAGAGACACGGUCGCUUUCCAAUGAAUUCAUCUAAUGGUUAUUGGGCCCUGUGGCGUAGCACAAGACAGUUCUUUGCCUGCACCAAUCCCGAAACGCCCCUGCCGCUUACUCUAGUCCCCCGGAAGUUAGGGAUCUACAUUGAUUAUGAGGAGGGACAGAUUUCUUUUUACAAUGUAGAGAGCAAGUCUCACAUAUACACCUUCACAGGACACUUUAAUGAGAAGCUGUACCCGUUCUUUGCCCCGUUGGAUGGUAGGACCCUUAUAACUAUUUGGUCUCCUAAAGAACACAGCAAUCAAGCAAGGCAGGUUUAAAAGAUCAUGUUGCUUUCUUUCUGAAAUAAAAAUGUUUUGUUUAAACAGCUACAAAUGAAUCAUAAUAAGGACUGAGUUGGUCAUGAAUCUAUUAUUUAUGACAAUGUUCACAUUUUAAAACAAAACUCCGAAAACAAAACGAUUUCACUCCAUGGUGGGCUGGACCCACUAAAUGAGAGCUACUGAAACUACCCCAUCUCAGCACACACUAAUGCCUAUAUUUGUUGUUUGUAAAUACAACAUUUACAUAAUUGUUUCACCUACAUAAAUCUAGCCAUUUAUACAUCUUGUAUUGUUUUAAAGCCUUCUUGUUUGCAUCAAUAAGUUGUCAAAAACAACAAGGUAUUUAUUACUGAAAUGUUUGUGUAAAUAAACUUAAAUCUGUUUAAAGCCAAACCAUUCUAUUUAUUACAAAAGUCCAAAAAGAUGAUUUGCUGUCUUAAUAA